AUGCAGGAAGGCACACAUAGUUGCAAGAGUUGCAACCGUCCCGAUAACGCAGAGGAUAUGGUGGCCUGCGACAAAUGCAACGGCUGGUGGCAUUUUAGCUGUGCCGGCGUGCAAGCUUCUAUCUGUGAUCGCUCGUGGCGUUGCCCUAACUGCUCGACGUUUUGCGGCACGAUUGGAUCCGAGAGCUCGAAUGCAUCCAGCGCACGGCUACGAUUGAAGCAGCUUGAGGAGGCCAAGGCGCUAGAGGACAAAAUACGCAAGGAGCAAGCCGACAGAGAAAGGGAGUUCCUAGCUGCGAAGCAUCAGCUAGAAACCGAAAUCGAGGCUAGGCAAUCGGUAGGUGGCAGCCUUAGAAGUCACGAGAGUCAUCGCAGCCGACGGAGCAGAGUAGGAACUUGGGUGGCUGAGCAGGACUUUACAAUAGCAAACAGAGCGAUUGAGAAUCAUCCGCCGCAAACCGGCAAAACCUCUACCCCAAUACUCACGGGUCAGGUAGGAACCGGAGCCACGACGAAAAUUCUUCCGCCGCCUCUUAACACCCAAACCUCGCAACACGAACGGCCUACCGAUCAUCAACAGCCGUCUGUGACUCCCACGAACGAACAAGUAAGUCAUCUCUCUUCCAACACCCCGUUGGGCAUACCGAAGCACCUGCUUCCCCCAACCAAACCCUCUGGAAUACCGGAGACAUCAUUUCCGCUUGUGAAUUCGUCGCGUAUUGCGGAACCGGAUUCGUCGCACUUGCCGAAUGUGUUGGGUGCAGUUCAUCCUCAGUCUCAACCGGCACCAAUGAGCAAGUCAGUGUCAUAUUAUCCCGCGUUGCCAGCACCACCUCCGAUAUAUUCGUUAGGCACAAUGGCGCAGGAACUCGCUUCGACAGAGGGUCCGUUAAGAACGGCAUCGAGGAUGCCGCCAGUAUGCCCGGUGGACAACCUGAAACCAUCGCUUUGCCCGAUUAAGCCAUCGCUUCCUCCGAUGACAACGUCAACUCUUCCUCCCAUCAACACAUCUAGUAGCCACCAGUUACCUCCGCCUCCGGUAGACCCCUCGGGUUCGACGAUGCCUUCGCUUCACGCUAACCAGCCUAGAGUAAUGGAGCAUCGAGUUGGUUUCUCGAGACAUCCCGGCAACGGAGACCCACCUCGUUCUUGGCUGAAUUCUUCGCAACCGAUCAUCCGAGAUGCUUCAGCUGAUGUUGGCCACAUGCCCGCGCCGCCAAACAGGAUUCCUCCCCAACCGUCGUGCUACGUAGCUCCACCGCAACUGUCACAGAGUGACCCAGCGUCUCAUUCGUGGUACCAGCAGCCAAUGCCAUCCUACUGGCAACAACCGUACUGGCAGCCACAGUACCCGCCGGACGAGAACCUUGCAAGGUUGCAGAAGUGCUUGGUCGGGAAGGCCAGGGAAAAGGUACAUAGCAUCUUAACUCUGCCGGAGGCAAUCCCCGAGAUAAUCAACACACUACGCGAUGAAUGUGGCCGUCCGGAUCAGUUGGUGCAUUGCUUAAUGAGCAAAAUCAGGAACGCGCCUGCUCCAAACGUUAAUAAAUUAGACACGCUAAUUACGUUCGGGCGCGAGGUGCGCAAUCUCGUUACCUACAUAGAAGCCGCCAAUUUGCAAGCCCAUCUUUCCAACCCCAUGCUUCUAACGGAACUGGUCGGUAAGCUUCCCCCAAGUAUUCGAUUGGAUUGGGGUCUACAUACCCAGCGAAUUCCUGAAGUCACGUUGAAAGCGUUCAGCGAUUUCGUUUCGUCGAUGAAGACAGCCGCUUGUCAAGUUGCAAUGCCUUUCGAAUCCAACCCUCAAGACGAUGUGGUCCGGUCUGGCAAGAAAAAGGAGAAAAGCGGAAAUGUCCACACGCAUUCUGCUGAAGUCGAUACCAGAAGUUCAUCGAGAACGAAGCCCGAGAUGCAGCAAAAGCUGUGCUUGAUGUGCCAAAGUGGCGCUCAUAGAAUUAAGAACUGCGACAAAUUCAGUUCACUGACGAUUAUAGAACGGUGGAGACUGGUGGAGCAACGAAACAUGUGCCAGAGAUGUUUAACGUGCCAUGGUAAAUGGCCGUGUAGAACCUCACAGCCCUGUGGUAUGGACGGCUGCGGAGAUAUGCACCAUAAAUUGUUGCAUCCGGGGAAACCGAAACCGGCCCCCUCAGGACUUAAGGGGCCUGGUUCGUCAGGAGUCGUCACCACUCAUCGCAGCCAACAACAUGGCACAUUUUUCAAAAUACUUCCUGUGACACUGUCCCAUAACGGAAAGUCGGUUACGACCUUCGCCUUCUUUGACGACGGCUCGAACGUAACGCUCCUCGAAAGUAGUAUCGCCGACAUGCUCGACCUGGAUGGAGAAGAGAGCUCGCUUUGUUUGCAAUGGACCAGCGACGUCACACGUAAAGAAUCUGUAUCCAAACGAGUUAAAGUCUGUAUAUCAGGUGACGGAACCACUCAACAUUUGUUGUCACAAGUACAAACCGUGGACAACCUAGGCCUGCCUCGGCAAAGUUUAAACUACACUGAGCUUUCGGUGCAUUUUCCACAUCUGCGUGGUCUACCAAUCCAGAGCUACACCGACGCAGUUCCACGGAUUUUGAUUGGUGCAGAUAAUGCGCGACUGAAGUUGCCAUUGAAGAAGCGAGAGAGACGAGAUGAAGAACCAGUGGCCAUCAAGACAAAGUUGGGUUGGACUAUCUUCGGUGGACAACGCGGAAGCCAUGCCUACAACCGUAUGAUGCUUCACGUGUGCGACUGCUCUGCUGAUCAACGUCUUCACGAUCUUGUGAAACAUUUUUUUGAUGUGGAACACCUUGGCAUAACCGCUUCAUCAACCCCAGAAUCAAAAGAGGACGAGCGAGCUAGACGGAUACUGCAAGAGACUACUCGGCGAACAGAAUCCGGCCGGUUUGAAACUGGAUUACUAUGGAGGAGUGAUGACGUGCACUUCCCAGAAAGCUACGGUAUGGCGGAACGAAGACUCAAAUGUCUAGAACGUCGGCUACAAUCAGACCCGGAACUCCGAAUAAACGUCGAGGCUCAGAUAGCUGAUUAUCAGGACCAGGGAUACGCCCACAAGGCUACCAAGGAAGAGUUGCAAGAGUCUGAUCCAAGACGCGUUUGGUAUUUGCCGAUUGGAAUUGUUCGUAAUCCACGCAAACCCGAAAAGCUACGAAUUGUGUGGGAUGCAGCUGCAAGCGUUAAAGGAAUUUCUUUGAAUUCCAUGCUCCUAACCGGACCGGAUUUACUGACUCCGCUCAUGUCAGUUCUCUGCCAGUUUCGUCAAAGGCAGUACGCUAUAACAGGCGAUAUCAGGCAGAUGUUUCAUCAGCUGCGCAUCAGGAAGGAGGACAGACAAUCACAGAGAUUUCUGUGGCGUGCUAACCCCGAAUCCACCCCGGACGUGUAUGUGAUGGACGUGGCGACAUUCGGAGCUACCUGCUCACCGUGUUCAGCUCAAUAUGCGAAAAAUUUAAAUGCAGUGGAGUACGAGAAGGAUUACCCCGAGGCAGCGAGAGCCAUUAUACAGAACACAUAUGUGGACGACUAUUUAGACAGCCGAGAUACCCUCGAAGAAGCUGUCCAGUUGGCGGUAGAAGUUCGUGAGGUCCACAGCAAAGCCGGAUUUGAAAUCCGGAACUGGCACUCCAACGCUCAGCAAAUCCUUGAACGGGUCGGGGCUGAAAACAGUCAAGAAACGUUUCAAACGACAAAGAGCUUCACCGCAGAAAAGUCGACGAUGGCCGAACGUGUCCUCGGCAUGUUGUGGGAACCGAAUCAGGACUUGUUUGUAUUUACCGUUCAACUCCAUGCAGACCUCCUUCCACUCCUAUCUGACGAAACGGUGCCCACUAAACGGCAAGUGUUACGCGUUGUAAUGAGUCUUUUCGACCCGCUUGGACUUAUUGCUUGCUUCACGAUACACGGUAAAAUUCUGAUUCAGAACAUCUGGAGAUCUGGCAUCGGUUGGGACGAUUCCAUUGACGAUAGGGACUUCAAGGACUGGAAACGUUGGAUCAGAUUAUUUCCCGACUUGCAACGAGUACAAAUUCCUCGUUGUUAUUUUCCCGAUUAUGAACAGCAAAGCUACAGUUCUCUACAGCUGCACAUUUUCGUGGAUGCAAGCGAGCUUGCUUACUGUAGUGUCGCAUACUUCCGUAUAAUUGACCGAGGAGCACCUCGAUGUUCACUGGUAGCUGCAAAGGCAAAGGUAACUCCAUUACGACCUCAAUCCAUUCCCAGAAAUGAGUUGAAUGCAGGAGUUAUCGGCGUUCGGCUUAUGAGAAGCGUCUUGGAGAACCAUUCGCUGGAGAUUACAAAGCGGUAUUUUCACACUGAUUCGACUGUUCUUCUGGCAUGGUUACGUGCCGACCCACGUAAGUACCGUCCCUACGUGCAGUUCAGAACUACGGAAAUCCUAGCCGAAACAUCCGUGGAAGAAUGGCGCUGGGUUCCCACCCGGCUGAAUAUUGCAGACGAGGCAACCAAGUGGGGCAGCGGUCCCAGCUUCGACGUACAAAGCAAAUGGUACAGUGGACCAGAUUUCCUUUGGAAACCAGAAAGUGAAUGGCCUGUGAAAAAACCUAUUGUGGGUGAACCAACGGACGAAUUGAGAAGGAUGAACGUACACCAGGAUAUGACGAAGGAUACGGUAAUACAUUUCAAUAAGUUCUCGCGCUGGGAGGAUGUCGUCAAAUCCAUAGCUUACUUAUACCAUUUCGUUAACCGUUGCUCGGCAAAACAACGUGUUCCAACUAAAUCUCGCAUAACAAUGUUGACGCAUCAAGACUACGUGUCGGCUGAACAAGGGUUGUGGCGGAUUGUCCAAGCUCAGGCUUUCGAGGAGGAAAUAGCAGCAUUGAAAAAUGUCAAAUCACCAACCAAAACUGGUCGCCUAGUUAAGUCCAGCCCAUUGGCCAAACUAUCAGCUUUCCUCGACGAACAAGGACUAUUGAGAAUGGAGAGCAGAAUCGACCCGAAGGCAGCGUAUUACCCAUACAAUUUUCGGAAUCCAAAAAUUCUGCCCAAAUGUCACCGUGUCACCGAGUUGCUGAUACUGCGUUUCCAUGCUAAAUACGGUCAUGCCAAUACGGAGACCGUUGUGAACGAGCUGAGACAACUCUACUAUAUCGCCAAGGUUCGAUCAGUGGUGAAGAGGGCCAUCAAAGAGUGCAUGUGGUGCCGAAUAUACAAGGCCGAACCUCAAGCACCCAGAAUGGCGCCAUUGCCGCAGCCGCGGGUUAUGCCAUAUGUACGCCCGUUCACCCACACUGGUAUUGAUUAUUUUGGGCCACUUCUGGUGAAGCAGGGACGCAGUAGUGUUAAAAGAUGGGUAGCGAUCUUUACCUGUCUCACCAUACGAGCGGUACACCUUGAGGUGGUGCAUUCUUUGACGAUCCAGUCCUGCAAGAUGGCUAUUCGCAGAUUUGUCGACAAGCGAGGAGCUCCCCAAAACUUCUUUAGCGACAAUGGCACUUAUUUUCGAGGAGCAGCUAGAGAAUUAGCUGUUGAAAUAAAGUCGAUUAAUCUCGCAAUUGCUGGAACCUUUACCAAUGCUGAAACAGAAUGGCAUUUUAACCCACCGUCAGCUCCACACAUGGGUGGUGUGUGGGAGAGAAAAGUUCGCUCCAUUAAAGAUGCACUCAAGGUUCUGGCGUGCCACGACAAGCUGGACGACGAAGGACUUCUAACACUGCUCGCCGAGGCCUCAAUGAUUGUCAAUUCUCGUCCCCUCACGUUUGUUCCACUGGAGUUUCCUGGUCAAGAAGUUCUCACCCCAAAUAGUUUCCUGUUGAUGAGCUCUAGUGGCAGCAACACUCUGGCACGAAUCCCCAUCAAUCAACCGAUUUUACAGCGCACGAAUUGGGGAGUAAUGCUGUGCCUGUUGGACCGGUUCUGGCAAUGCUGGAUCAAGUCCUAUCUACCAACUAUUGCGAGGAGAACAAAGUGGUUCGGAGAUGUACGUGCUCUUCAAGAAGGUGAUCUCGUGGUUAUCGUAGAUGAAACCGUACGCAAUGGAUGGCUUCGUGGACGAGUUACAAAGACGUACCCAGGCGUCGAUGGUCAGGUACGCAAAGUAGAUGUCAAGACUGAGUCAGGAAUAUUUCAACGACCUGCGAUCAAAGUCGCACUUCUGGACGUGCUGGAGGAUAGUAAGGCCACCAAACAGUGA